AUGAGUUUAUCAAAUUCAAGCGAAAAAGCUAACCAUAAAAAUAUGGAGGAUGAUUUAAAUGUAGGAGAAAAUAAUAAUAAUAAUAAUUUUAUAUCAAAUGAUGAUGGUAGUUUUAUUGAUGAUAAUAAUAUAAUUGAAGACGAGUGUAUUACUCCUAAAGAUGAUGAAGAAAAUAUAAAUUCUAAAAGAAAAAAAAAGAUUGGAAAAAUGAAUAAUGAGGAGAAUAAAAAUAUAAGAUUAGGAAGAAGAAAUGAUCAAUCUAGAUGUGACCAAGGAAACACAACAAAUUAUCUUCAACAAAAUAAUAAUGCAAAUAUUAAUUCUGUAAGCAAUGCCUUACAUAAUGUGAUAAAUGAAGUAAUGAAUAGUUGUGUGGCUCACAUAAAUAAUAAUAAUAAUAUGAAUAAUAAUAAUAUAAAUAAUAUAAAUAAUAAUCGCUCAACCUUUAACCAUUUAAAUUUUAACAUGUUCUCUCUUAAUAAUAAUAAUACUUGCAACUAUAACAACGAUACGAAUAAUUAUUUUUUACAAGACGGAGUACAUGUAGAAAGUAAUAACGCCGAUGAAGACCAAGUUCAAGAACAGAACGAUGAGGGAGAAGGAAACCAUGUUGAUCAAGAAGGACAUAGAAAUAGACACAGACAGAGACAAGCACAGAGACGAAGAACACAACAUGAGCGUGAAGAUAAUCAUAGAAAUGUAAAUGAAGAACAAAAUGACGAAAAUAAUAAUAAUAAUAAUAGUCCAAGUGACGAACAAAAUACUAGUGAAAAUGAAGAUUAUAAUAAUAAUGGAGAUGAUAAUAAUCAUGAUAAUAAUGAAGAUGAUGAUGAAGAAAAUGAAAACGAUGAUGAUCUUGACGAUGAACAUAACGACGAACAAGAGGAUGAACAUGAUGAUGAUGAUCAAAAUAAUGACCAAUUAAAUUUACAACAUCUUAAUGUCUUAUCAGAAUAUGAAAGAAGAAAUAACAUACAAAAUAGAAGUAAUCAUCUAAAUAAUAGCAACAUUAUGAAUAAUAAUAAUAAUAAUAGUAAUAGUAAUAAUAAUUUUAUUAAUAACAUAAUUAAUAAUAAUCUAAAUCAACUUAAUGGUAUCCAUAAUAAUAAUGCGAAUCGUUAUAAUGAUGCAUUAGAAAGAUAUAAUUUAUCAAAUAGUAAUUCAAGUGUAAUUCUUAAAAAUGAUAAAAAAAAAAAAAAUAAUAACACCACCACCAACAAUAAUAAUAAUAAUAGUAAUAACACGAACAAUAAUAAUAAUACUAACAGUAAUAAUAAUGAUAAUAAUAAUAAUAAUAAUAAUAAUAUUACAAGUAACAAUAAAUCCUUAUCACAUAUCAAUACUUUAAAUAGCUCUAUUGUAGAUAACCUAACGCAAUAUUUACAAAAAGAAUUAACAUGCCCAAUUUGUUUAGAUUAUUUUUAUCUACCUGUAACGAUGAAUUGUGGACAUACCUUUUGUCGUUAUUGUAUUGGACAUAAUAAAUUGAAUGGUAAAAAUUGUCCUUUAUGUAGACAGCCAUUAGGAAAUACUGCAUGCAUAAAUACUAUAAUUUCUAAUUUGGUUCGUAUAUAUAAUUUGAGAAGAAAAUCUUUAAAAAUAUAUAAAUCCAUAGAGAUAGUUAAUACUGUUGAUGAAAUGUGGUGGAAUGAAAAUUUCAUAAAACCUCAAGUUAGUGUUUCUUUAUUCUUAAGAAUAUUUUUACAUGAUAUGAUUUCACCUCCUAUAUUUUUUGAUGAUCUAACAUCAUGUGUUAUUGAUUUCUUUACUGUUAAUAAACUAUGGUCCAAAGCUAAAUGGGUAUUUAAUAUAAAAGAUUGUAGAGUUUUUUCAGAACUUAUUGGAUAUGAUAAAGAUGAUAAAGAAACAACCAGUGAGAGAUUACAUGCUUGGGUGGAACGUUAUAUAACACAAAAUCCAUCUAUGUGUAUGAGAAAAGAUGAAAAAAUUAUUUUAAAAUUAUAUCAAGAUAGAACCCAUAGAAUAGAUAGCCAUGUUUUUGAUUCAUCUGUUCUACCUAAUCGUUUACCUUGGGAUGGAGGUAGACAUGCAAAAAGUUUAAUUCACAUGCCACAUUCAUCAGUAUCCUUAUCACAUUUAUUAUUUGUAAAAGCAGAAAAUAAUAAUAUAGGUGUAGUAGAUUGUGGUUCAACUAUAGGUACGAUGAUUAAGGUAAAUAAUUAUCAUGUAUUAAAAGAAGGGGAUGUAAUACAUAUAGGUGAUAGAUUAGAAGUUACAGUAUCUAUUGAUAAAAAUACAGCAGGUAUGCCAUAUAAAGGAUAUGUAUGGAAUAAAAAUGCAAAUAAAGUAUUAGAUAGACAUGAAUUAAAUGAAUUAAUUAAAAUGGAAACAAAUAGUAAUCAAGAUAUAUUCAUAACAGAAGAUCAAAUACCUUCUUAUUGUGAAAAUAUAGAAUCUAACUUAUUGAUUAAAUUCGAUUUUGGUACUACCAAAGAAGAAAUUACACCCAAAACUGAAUAUAUAGAUCCUAAAGGUGUUGUAUUAGGAAGAGGUCCAUAUGCUCAAUCAAGUUAUAAAAAAAUAUCAGUGACCAAUUCUAAUGGAUAUGUAUCUAGAGAACAUUGUUUAAUUUAUUAUGAUGGAUCAAAAGAUGCUGGUGAAAGAUGGUUAUUAAGAGAUACAAGUACAUUGGGAACAUUUCUUAAAAUAAAACCAUUUUCAAAUCCAAUCCCUUUGCCUAUAGGAUCUAUAUUUAAGGCUGGUCAGUGUAAAAUAGAAGUAUGUUCUCAUGACUCGGCUCAGUUUAUUCAGUACCCUGAAAGAUCCAUAUCCAUGCAUAACACAAACAACCCCCCCAACAAUGACAACAACAAUAAUAAUAAUAAUAAUAAUAAUAAUAAUAGUAAUAAUAAUAAUAAUAAUAAUAAUGACAAUGAUAGUAAUAAUACAAAUAACAACAAUAACAAUAAUAAUAAUAACAAUAAUAAUAACAAUAAUAAUGGUGGAAGUAAUAAUAGCAGUGGAAGCACUAACCAUAAUGGAAACAAUAACAGCGCAAAUAAUAACAAUAAUAGCAACAACAAUAAUAAUAAUAAUAAUAAUGCACAUAAUAACAGUGCAAAUAAUAAUAAUAUUCAAAAUGUUCCAAAUAGUAACCAUGCUAACCACAAUCAUUCAAACGAUAACAAUAAUAAUAACAAUAACAAUAAUAAUAACAAUAAUAAUAACAAUAAUAACAGUAAUAACAAUUAUAGAAGUAACCAUGGUCAUACAUGUAUUUCAAAUAAUUCUUAUCAUCGUAAUUCUGGAAGCACAAAUAAUUAUGCAAACAAUAAUAUGCAUUCCAGUUAUAAUAAUAUAAUCAAUGGUAUUUAUAAUUAUCAAAAUAAUUCAAGAAAUUUAAAUAACUCAUCAUCAUUCGGUAUGACAAAUAUACUACAAGAUAAUUCUCUCCUUGAAAAUAUGUCAAACGUUGUUAAUCAAAAUAACAACUUUGAGGCCAUUGUUCAAAAUUUAUUUCAAAGAAAUGUAAACACAUUAGGAAGGGAAAAUAAUGUUUCUGUAUUCUCAUCAAGAAAUGAACAAAUACGCCCAAAUAAUAAUCACAAUAAUAAUAAUAAUAAUAAUAGUAGUAACACUCAUAAUAGUAACAAUAAUAAUAACCAUUGCAAUCAUGGAGAUACCUACUUUUAUAACUAUCUUCGUUAUAGUGUUAAUAACAAUGGACGCAACAAUAACAACAGCGGUAGCAUUGAAUAUUUUAAUGAUAACGAAGAAAGUGAUAACAACAAUAAUAAUAAUAGUAGAGAAAGAAACAAUAAUAGAUCCAAUAUAAAUGAUUCCAGCAUUGUAGAAAAUCACCAACAUUAUCACCACAAUAAUAAUAAUAAUAAUAACGAUAAUAAUAAUGAUGAGCAUGAUCAUAAUAACAACAAUAGUAGUGGUCAUUCUAACAAUAAUAAUAAUAAUAGUAAUAAUAGUAAUAGUAAUAGUAAUAACAAUAGUCAUGGUAAUUCACAAAAUAGUAACCAUAGUCAUAAUCAUAGUAGUGGUCACAAUAAUUAUAACAAGAGUCACAGUAAUAAUCACAACUGUAAUCAUCUUAAUAUUAACAACUUUGAUUACUCCUUUAAUGUUAAUACUAGACCUAGAGAACUUGUAUUUAAUUCUAGAUUAGGUAUUUGCUUUAUUAAAAAUAAAAAUUCAGAAAUACAAAUACCACAAUUACAUUGUAGUUUAAAUAGUAACCCUAAUAAUAUGAACAAUUUUAUUAAUAGUAAUAAUAACAAUCAUAAUUUUAUUCCUUACAGUUUAGAUCAAAGCAAUAGUAAAUAUGAGAAUAAUGUUUCUUUUAUAAAUAAUAAUAUGAUUAAUAAUAUGAAUAAUAAUAUGAAUAAUAAUAUGAAUAAUCAACAUGAUGAAAUCUUGGAUAAUACUAAUUCCUUCUUUAAUAUAGACAGUUUUAAUUCAGAAAGGAGAAAUAUAAAUAUAAGUGCAAAUAUAAAUUCAAUCUUUAAUAAUAUUAAUAUGGAUAGUCCUAGUUUAGACAAUCGAAUAAAUAUGGGUUCAAAAGAAAGUUUACAAAAUGGUCCUAUAAGAAAUAUGCAUUCAUUGAAUACAAAUAAAAAAUCUGAUAAACCCAAAACUAAUGAUGUUUAUAAAAAUAUUAAUAAAAAUAAUAUAGAAAGAAAAAAUAGUAAAAAUGGACUUAAGAAGUUUCUAAUGAAUAAUAACAAAUUAGAUUUUUUAUUAAAAAAAAAAAGAAAUCACUCUGAAACUUUUCAUUAUACAAAUCAAAUGAGUACAACACAAGAUGAAGAAGAAUCAGCAUCUAAUAAUAUAAAUUCAACAAAUUAUUCAGAAGCUAGUGGUAUAUAUAAUGAAAUGAAUUCUCUUAAAUUAAUUUAUAAUUAUAUUAAUAAUUUAAAUAUAAAUAAUAAAAAGACCAAUGUAUCCAAUAAUAAUAUUAUAGAAUGUAAUAGCGAUUUGAAAAUAGAAAAUAAUGCAAAUACAAAAAAUUUAAAUUCAAUAAUAUGUUCUGGAGAAUUUAAUCAUAUAACCGAGAGCAAUCAUAAUAAUAAUAUGAACCAUAUGAAUAGUAUGAAUAAUAUGAACAAUAUGAAUAGUAUGAAUAAUAUGAAUAAUAUGAACAAUAUGAACAAUAUGAACAAUAUGAACAAUAUGAAUAAUAUGAAUAAUAUGAAUAAUAAUAUAAAUUCGCAUAAUCAUAAUAAUAACCUAAACAACACUAACAGUAACCCUUUUAAUGAACUUAAUCAUUCUUAUAAUAAUAUUAAUGAUCCAAUAAUUAUAGAUGAUAUAAAAACAAAAAAACUUUUAUUUUCCGACCAUAACAAUGUUAAUGAAAAUUCAUUUUUUCAAUCAAUCAAAAUGAAUAAUUAA